AUAAUCCGUAUAUCUGCAAAUGAAAAUAUUUCGAUUCAUCUCAAGGCAAAAUUAACAAAUUUUAGAUAUGGAGGAACAACCAUCCUUUGAAACUAUGCAAUAUCCAGUUCAUACAAAUACGUUCUCUGUACCCAAAGAUCCGCUUCUACGGCAAGUUUACGAUGUUUACAAGCCUUGCCCACACAUAUUUAAGUUGAAAAGCGAAAGUGGUCGUACAAUUUAUGCGGAGGCUUUUAUUGAGGAUAGCAAUCUUGGUACGCUUGUCGAUUUAUCCGUACGAGCUUUAGCUCGAGCCUUUGGACCGGAUCCAUUGCCUAUGAUUGCCUCUAAUCCCUCACAUUUGAAAACUCAUUACGAUAGUUUAGACGUUGAAAUGCCUUUAAAGGACUGUUAUCAUAUAGAUAAUGACCGUUUCUGGAAGCGUGUCGUCCUUGCCAAGAGCCCUGAUCAAACGUUGGCUCUUAAACCCGAUUACAAUUGGAAAAGUGCUGGCAUUUCAAUGAAAUUUGUUGAAAUAGUCGAAGCUUGCGCCGCCGAAUUUUGGCCUGAAGAGGAAAUGACAAGAUUAGCGCUAAACAUUCGUGGAUGGGUUCGUGACAUGCACAUACGUCGCCUUCAAUCAUUGCAAGAUUAUUGUUUCGAAAAGUAUUUCCGUAUGGAGUCAUCGUCGUCGUCAGGAGAAGACGACGAAGAGAUAUCAGAAAUCACAGAAACAACAACAACAACAACUACGCCCGACGAAACCGAACCAACGGAUAUAGGUGAGGAAGAGAAAACCGAAUCGCAAUUUGAAUUGGAACGAUUAGUGGUCGAAGAGAAAGCCGAACGAAAACGACUGCGUGAAGAGUUACGCGAAGUUCGGCAAAAAGCUCGCGAAGAGCGCGAGGCAAGACGUAAGCGUCACGCAGCCAAACGCGAAAAAAAACUUGAACUGGAGUUGAAAAAGGGCAAAAAGAAGAAAAAGAAACAACCCAAAGAUUUUCACGGCAUUGAACUUACCAGCAGUGAGGAGGAUGUCGAAGCGAAAAUAUGUGAUAAAAGGAACAAAGAGUUAUUCCUUACCUAUAAGAAAAUGUAUGAUUAUCCUCCAGAUCAUUGCCAUCAUAUAGAUUUACGCUUCAUUCAAUGGUUUACAAACUUGGAUACAUUUAUUAUCGAGUUUCUGGGGCCUGAGUUGCAUCGUAACUAUCACUCCAGGCAUUUGAACUUUUCUUAUGAUGACAUCAAACGAUUAUCUUUCGGUAUAAGCCGUUUACCAGUAUUGCGUGUUUUCCGCUUACGUAACAGUCGUAUGGAUACCAGAAAGUUAGGUAUUUUACUUGAUGGCCUAAAGGAUGUUAGCACACUGGAAAUUCUUGAUCUUGGUUAUGACUGCUUGAAUGAUACGUGCGGUCAACAUUUUAAAAAAUUGUUUACAAACUCCCAAGCAUUACAUUCAUUAGAACUGGAGUCAAAUGAUUUGGGCGCACAAGCUAUGAAAGAUUUAAGUUUGGCUUUGUUAAACUACAGCCAAAACAAAUUGAAAUAUUUGGGACUCGCUCGCAAUCCUCUCAGCGAUGAGGCUUUGCAUUCCCUUAUAUCAGCCAUUUACGAUACCGAACAUAUUGAAACUUUGAACCUAAAAGGGGUCACGCAUAUAACAGAAGUGGGCGUAGCGUGUUGUAUUGCCGAUGAAUUGUUACGCAAACACCGGGAUCUUUUGGCUUUGGACAUAAGUGCAAUUCAUGUAAACGGCUAUGCAGCCGAUGAAAUAAUGAAGGCUUUGCAACCGAAUACAAAAAUACGAACACUUCAUUGUCGCGGUUGCGAUUUGGAUGAAGAAACAGAAACAGACAUUAACGUGAUAUUAAAGCGGAACAGAUAUGUUGCAGAAAAUCCAUUUAUUGGUAACGAAAAUGUGACUAAUGAAGAAAUCGAUGCAUGGAUUAAUCGCACCAAAAACCCUAUAAUGUUGGCUGUGUUAGCCGAAAGAGAAAAACGAGAUCUCUGUCUAUUUCAACGCCCCCUUGAAUUUGUUUAUAAAUCGGAUAUGGCGACUGUAGAAAAAGAUGUUGGUCUAACUAACGGUGAAAAGGAGUCAGUAAUGUCGAGCUCUGGAACUUCAGAAUCGAAACAACUCCGGCCCUUCGAGUACAAAUCGAAUGAAUUUGAUGAAAACCAAUUUAUGGAACAUGUACACCUACCAGGUCAUAGCGAACGCUAUUACUUCUUCAAAGCUAGAAGGCGUAGACAUGUCUAACACUAGAUAUCCCAUAAACGAAUUAGCGAUAAAGGAUUUUUCGAUUACAAUUUAUGCAUGUCGAUAACAGGUU